UUCCUCCUCACGCUUCUGUGCGCUGCGUGAGUGCUGAGCGGGUGUAAUUCACAUUAGCAGCUUUGGACCGAAGAACAGCGUUUUUUUUGUGUUUCAUCAUGGGACUCACCAGCGAUCCGAACUACCGCAAACUGGAGCAAUGGUACAAAUCCAGCGCCGGGAACCUCAACAUGAGGCAGAUGUUCGGCGCAGAUCCAGACAGAUCCAACAAGCUCAGUUUACAGAUGACGACAGAUGAUGGAGACAUUCUGCUGGAUUACUCUAAGAAUCUCAUCAAUGAAGAAGUCAUGCGCAUGCUCUUCGACAUGAAAGUGCGCAGUGGCGAGUGGAAAGGCUUCAGUGGUAAAGCCAUCACUGACGUCGUGAACGUUGGCAUUGGUGGUUCUGACUUGGGUCCUCUGAUGGUGACUGAGGCUCUGAAGCCGUACUCUAAAGGAGGACCCAACGUCUGGUUUGUCUCUAAUAUUGAUGGCACACACAUGGCCAAGACCCUCGCCCAGCUCAAUGCCGAGACCACCCUCUUCAUCAUCGCAUCCAAGACGUUCACCACCCAAGAGACCAUCACUAACGCUGAGACGGCCAAAGAAUGGUUCCUCCAGGCCGCUAAAGAUACAUCUACUGUGGCCAAACAUUUUGUGGCUCUUUCCACAAAUGCACCAAAAGUCAAGGACUUUGGUAUCGACACCAACAACAUGUUUGAGUUUUGGGAUUGGGUCGGCGGGCGCUACUCGCUGUGGUCGGCUAUCGGUUUGUCCAUUGCACUGCACAUAGGUUUUGACAAUUUCGAGCAGCUUCUAGCCGGUGCUCACUGGAUGGAUAACCACUUCCGCUCGGCUCCUCUGGAGCAGAACGCCCCGGUCAUACUGGCCCUGCUCGGCGUCUGGUACGUCAACUUCUUCCAGGCCGAGACACAUGCCUUGCUGCCCUACGACCAGUACAUGCACCGCUUCGCUGCGUACUUCCAGCAGGGAGACAUGGAGUCCAACGGGAAGUACAUCACCAAGUCUGGCACUCGUGUGAAUUACCACACUGGACCCAUCGUGUGGGGGGAACCAGGAACCAACGGACAGCAUGCCUUCUACCAGCUCAUUCACCAGGGCACUCGCUUGAUUCCGGCUGACUUCCUCAUUCCUGCUCAGAGUCAGCAUCCUAUCAGAGAUAAUCUGCAUCAUAAGAUCCUGAUGGCAAACUUCCUGGCGCAGACAGAGGCUCUGAUGAGGGGAAAGACCCCUGAAGAGGCCAAGAAAGAGCUCCAGGGUUCUGGGUUGUCUGGAGAUGCACUGGAGAAACUCUUGCCCCAUAAAGUUUUCGAAGGAAACAAGCCAAGCAACUCGAUCAUUUUCAAGAAACUUACACCAUUCAUGCUUGGUGCAUUUGUUGCCAUGUAUGAACACAAGAUAUUUGUGCAAGGUGUGAUGUGGGAUAUCAACAGCUAUGACCAAUGGGGUGUGGAGCUCGGCAAGCAACUGGCCAAGAAGAUUGAACCCGAGCUGCAGGACGACGCAGAGGUUCAUUCCCACGACUCCUCCACCAAUGGACUCAUCAGCUUCUUCAAGAAGAACCGCUCUUAAAUGUUUCCUAACUCCUCCCCUUUAACCCUACCUCUGCUGACCCCCUCAUCCAAUGAGAUUAGUGAAUUAUGUAUUAACGCUUGGCAUAGUUCAUAUAAUAAGCCUAGACAAGGAGGACAAGCACUUUGUCUGUCAUCAUGUAUAAGCCAUGAGAUUCUUGUGUUGUGUAAGAUUUGACUGUAUUCAUGUAUCUGUGGACCAGUAUGGGACGACUAUCUGUUUGCACUGCACAUUCUAGAUGGAUUUCAUGUUCUCCUUUGGGCCAAGGAACCACAAUAAAUGUAUUCUGUCACC